AUGCAUUUAAUUUAUCAAAUAUUUAUUUGUUUAAGCUUAGUAAAGCUCUCUCAUUAGUAAAUAUGCCCUUUCGACUUUAACCUAGGAUAUUCAUCAAGAAAUUGCUUAGGAACAAGCUCUGAAAAUGUUAUUUUAGGUGGUGAAUUAUUCUACUUUAAAUAUUAAGAUUAAUUUUCUAAUCUUAUGGUUAGUUAUGGAAGCUCUGGAUUAUUUGGGAUAUGGAAUUUAACUGACGCUAGUCUCCUCUAUUCCACUACUUAUUAUUAAGAUUAAAAUAUUGAAUUUCAUUCAAUCUUUGUUGAUUAGUAAGCCAAUUUAUCUGAUCCAACUAUAUCUUAAACUUUUGUAUAUGUUGUUGAUUAAAGAUUGAAUGUAUAUUAGUAAAGCCUUUAUUAGGAUUAAGGUAAGCUCAUCCUAAAAGGCUCAUCUAUAGCAAAUAAUUUACCUAUUUCAAUAAAAUUAUGUUAUAAUAUUAGAAAUAACAUCCUCUUCUACCCUUAAAAUAAUUAUGUCUACUAAAGAAAAAAUAAUUAAGAUUUUUAAGUAGAAAUAGACUCUGAAGGAAUUCAAUGCGAAAAUUCAAAUUUUAAUUCUGUUUUACUAUUUUCUACUCCUAAUUAAAUUAAUGACUAUGGAUUUCUUAAGAAUAAUACUUUAAUUGCUUGUGGGGCUAACUCAUUAAUUUAAUUUGGCAAUUAUUCAGUAAAUCCUUAAACUUAAGGAAUCGAUACUACUGAUUAUGAUUACAAAAAUAUUUAGCCUGAUUUUGAUAUAAGUUAACUAAAUUACACUAAUUUAGUUAUUGGAGAUGAUUACUCAGUAUUUUAUGGGAGCCAAUCAGUUAUAACUGUAGUAAUAAAUACAAAUCUAGUUGUAAAACUUCAUAAAUACUUAGGAACUUCGUUGCUAGUUGGACUUAUUCCAAAAGCUAUUAUUGAGGGUUCAUUACUAAAAACUUUAUCAUCAAGCGGUCUUUUAUUUUUGGAGAUGUCAAAUGGAUAAUUAAAAAAAAACACAAGUUGUUUUAGGGCUUUAUCUGUUUAUGAAGAAAAAAUAGUUGGAUUAUAUUUUGAUGAUGAAUUGCUUAGAGUAUACGCCCUUGAAAACUAAGGAAAAUUAGGAUAUUUCGGUUACCCUAAAGGAGAGUACCUGACUCAGUAUUAUAAUCUUUCAUAAAAUAGCGCAUGGAAUUAUAAUAAAAAAGCCGAUUAAAUAUAUAUUUGGGGUAUUGGAGGUCGUUCGAAUUUUGUUGUUGUAACUUCAUAUCUUAAUGGAACAUAUUUGGGAUAGCUUUAAUUUAAUGAUAACUUUACUGUUAACAAUGUCUACUAUGAUAAUAAUUUAGAAAUUAUAAUCGUAGUUGAUCCGACUUAAAGCAUAUAGGCUUUUAAUUAAAAAAAUUUUUUAAAGAUUUAUGAAUAAUCAAUCAAAAACAGAAAUAUUUAAAUCUUUUAAAGUUAUUUGGGUGAGAUUAUUAUUUAUUAAUCUGCGAUAUAAUUAUUAACCAAAGGAUAAGCUAAUAAAUACCUAUUGAUAAAUAAUUUGAACUAAUAAGAAUUUAUAUUUGAAUAAACUUACUUUGACUCUAUCUCCAACUCUUUAAUCAUGGCAAAAACAGAUUAAUCAAUCUAAUUACUCAACAUUGACAGUUAAUUAAAUGCUAUUAGCUAAAAUUUGUCAAUUUUAAUGGAGAAUAAUUAAAUAAUAUCAAAUAUUUGCUAUGGAAAUCAAUACUUAAUUAUUUUAAUGAAUCUUCCUAAUCAAGUAGUUGUUAUAAAUAAACAAACAAAUAAAUAAAGUAUCAUCAAUAAUUUAACUAUAAUUCCAAGCCAAUGCUUACUUCUGCUUAAUGAAGAACUCCUUUUAGUGAUUUCAAAUAUAAGUGAACUGCUAUUCAUGAAUGUUUCAUCUUUAAACAUUUUAAAAAAUGAUGUUUUAGAUGAAUUAAGUAGUGUUUGUUAAAUUGAAAUAGACUUAUAAGAAAAUUUAUUAAUAAUAUUGCUUUCGAGCUCUCAUAUCAUUAGUUAUGAUUACAUAUAACUAAAAUAAGUUUGUGAUUGGACACCAGUUAAUGCUAUUACUGUUUCUACAUUCUAAAUAAACACAAAUUAUAAAAUGAUUGUUUAUGGCUCAGGUAUUUUAAUAUAUUUUACUGAUUACUCUUAGAAGAAGCUAAUAAAUGAAAUUAUAUUAUCUGAAGCAGCUUAAGGAGGGGUUAUUGAUUUAUAAACAAAUAGCCAUUUUGUUUACACUAAUAAAAUUUAUUAAUUUGAUCUUGAAACAAAUAAUUUAAUCAAAGUUUCUAAAUUUGAACAUGAUGAUAUAAUUACGUAAUUAGAAAUAAUUUAUGAAUGGAACAUAAUAAUAACAUCUUCAUUUGAUAACACUAUGGCAGUAUGGAGUUACCCUGAAUUAUAAUUUAUGCAAAGGUUAUACCAUGAUCCAGUAGAUUGUGUAAAAGUAAAUAAUUUUUAAGUAGAAUUAGAAAGAAACAGAGUAUUCUCAGGUUGUAGGUAUGGAAGUGUUUACAUCUGGAAGAAGAAUGCUUUAAAUAAUACUUUUUAUUUAGGAAAUGAUUUGUAAUAUAUCUUAACAAAUUGGAACGUAACCUCAAUUGUAGUUGAUAACUAGAAUGAUUACUUAUUUUUGAUUGGAUGGUAUUGGUAUCCAUUAAUAAUCUAACUAAGUACAGUAGAGUAAUCAAUUAAUGUUAUUGCAAUGUUAUAAGGUAUAAAUGCUGUAUACGACAAGCUUAAUUAGUGCUUAAUACUUUCUGAUUAAGAUGGAAAUGUUUGGAAUUAUAAUAUUACUUCAAGAACUUAUAUUUUCAAUAAAUAAAAUGCAAUUCAUCAAGGUUGGGUUAAUUAAUUAGUUAUUGAUCCAGCAAAUUAAAUGUUUGCAAGUAUGGGUGAUGAUUGCACAAUUUAAAUAUGGCCUUAUGACUCUGACGCAAGCUAAAUACCUUUAUUUUUUUUUAGGAAUACAGCAAAGAUACAGUCUGGAAAAUUGGAUUUAAUUUUAUCUUUUUCAAAUGAUAAAACUGUAAAAUUUUGGGAAUAUGAGCUUGGAAUUGAAGAAAAGUACUUUUAAAUUAUAUAAAGAGCUACUUCAGUAAUGAGCUAUGCCUAUGAUGAAAUAGAAAACACAAUAUACUAUGUUAGAUCUGAAGGAAAUGUAUAAAAGUGGUCAAUCACGAGUGAAUAGACAGAAAACGGAUUUAAUCUUUAAUAUAAUGAUAGAUAUAAUAAUACAAUAUUUUUAAUCAACAAUGAUGUUUUUAUUUUAGCUACUACCAAAUAAUUAAAGUUAGUAAUGAAAAAAAAUUUAGAAGUACUUUAAAGUAUUCAAGUGGAAUGCUCUCAUAGUAUAAAAUGGAAUUAAAUCUACAACUGA